CCUCUUUUCCCAUUCUUGAAACGGCAUCAUUUCAAUCUUCCCUAUUCCAUAACCUGAUAUAAUCCAUGGCUGUAGCUAUAAGCCAGAGCUCCAAGCUCACCAUUUCCAUAGCCUCCUCCUUCUCCAACUCUUCUUCUUCGUCUUCACCUUCAUUUUCAGUAAUCAAACCCCUCAGUUCCUCACCCUUCUUCACCACCACUGCUUCUAGAAUUCACAGUCAUCAAACCCCACUUCACUCACUCUCCAGAAGACUCUUCCUCCCUUCAGUUUCCGGCAUAUGGAACGCAUUGACCGGCGGUGACUCUUACCGUGAAGCCGCCAUGGCGAUACGGCGUGGAAUGCUGCUCUUCAGACAGGGUGAUGUUUCGGGAUCAUUAGUGGAAUUCGAUAAAGCCAUUGAGUUGGAUCCUCGGCAGAAGGCAUAUCUUUGGCAGAGGGGGCUAUCGCUUUACUAUCUUGAUAGGUUUGAGGAGGGGGCAGAGCAGUUCCGGUUAGAUGUUGCACAGAAUCCAAAUGAUACGGAGGAAUCCAUAUGGUGCUUCUUGUGCGAAGCACAAUUAUAUGGCGCUGAUGAAGCAAGGAGACGAUUUCUUGAGGUUGGUAGAGAUCCACGACCAGUCAUGAGGGAAGCUUAUAACAUGUUUAAAGAUGGCGGUGAUCCAGAAAAGCUUGUUGCUCAAUUUUCUGGCAACCAGGCGGGAGAGUAUUUCUAUGCUUCUUUGUAUGCCGGGCUUUAUUAUGAAUCCCAGAAUGAUCCGGGUUCUGCCAAACUUCAUCUACUUGCAGCAUGUCAGUCUCCUUAUGGACAAAGGUCUGAUGAUUACAUGGCUUCUCUUGCCAAGGUUCACUGCCUUUGCCGAAGCUGGAGCUCAAGCUAGUAUGGCUGAAGCUUGGUAAAGCUGAUUUGAUAUCGGUUCAUCUUGUCUUUGAUGUAUCUGUACAAUGUUAAUAAAAGAUCAUAGUCAAAGAAAAUUGUAUAGAUAUCCUUAUUUAUAUGGAGGAAGCUGCUGCAUGGUUUGGGAAA